UAUCAUAGUUGUCGUAGGUGGUUUGGCAGCAACAGGAGUCUGCAUGUCAGUGUAAUGCUGAGUUGAAGAAACUGGAAGUUUCUUUGCUGUGUAGUAGAUUUUUAGUUAGUUUUGUAAAUUUUAUUAGACCAGGAUUUAAGCAUUUGGUCCAGUUUUGUGCUGACAUUCAAGCUCAACAGGCAAAUUACAGAGUUGUAAGUCUUGUGGGAUUGGUAACCUGCAGCCAGGUGAACAUGACGAACCAAUUAGGUCCCCUGAAACUGGCCUCGCUGCUGCUGCUGCUGGUGUAUGGCACAGAUGCAAAGAUGGACAUCAUUGUCAAGCAACAAGAUGUGCUGGUGGGAGCAGAGAUCCUUCUGCUGUGUAAAGCUGGAAGAGAGGGAACUAUAAAGUGGCAGAAGGACGGAGAAGACAUUGACGAUGAUGAAAUUGUGUCCACUGUGGAUGAGACCUCCUCUAGAUUGCACAUUUUGAAGGCUACGAUAGAGGAUGCCGGCAAGUACACCUGCCAUUGUGACUACGACAGCGGGCACCAAGAUGAUGCUUACGCACAGAUGUAUGUUUAUGAGGGUCCAUCAUUUGGAAGCACCAAAACCUACCAUGAGUUUUUGGUCGGCACAAACGGGGUGGUGCCAUGCGUGGUGACUGGCAAGCCAGCGGUGGAUGUUCAGUGGUUUAGAGACAAGAAAGAAAUCCCUUCUAAUGAGGGAGAACGUGUGCGGAAGAUGACCGAUAACACACUCCGUAUUGAAAAUGUGAAGAGAGAGGAUGCUGGGACAUACGUGUGUCAGGCCAAGAUCAGUGGAAGGCCCGUCUCUCAGGAGCUCUUGAUCUCUGUUUUCGUCAAUGUUCCUCCUACAGUGCAUCUGAGGGAAGAGGUGAAAAAAGUGAUGGCCGGAUCAGAAACAAACGUUUCCUUGCUUUGUUUGGUGGACGGUAUACCAAAACCCAAUAUCUCCUGGACCAUGCCGGUGACAUUCGAUUCCUCACGUCAUCAUUUCAACUCAGACAGCAGCCAGCUGACUAUACAGUCUGUUACCAGAGCCGACUAUGGGGAGUACGUCUGCACUGCUGCAAACAGGCUGGCUGAGGACAGUGCUACCAUCAUGCUUCAUGUCUUUGAGGCCCCAGAGGUGUUUCUGUCAGCAGAGCAGAAGAUCGUAUCAGUGGGUGAGCGUGUAUCUGUGUCCUGUAACGUCUCUGGCCAUCCUCAGCCUGAGCUACACUGGCUCAAAAAGAACCAUGGAUACUCACAGGACUUUACUUCUGGUCGCAUCCAAGUGGCAGAUGGUGUGUUGGUGAUUAAUGAAAUACUGCCCUCUGAUGGUGGACUCUAUUCCUGCAUGGCUGUCAGUGACACUGGAAAUGCAUCCAGAGAUGUCGCCAUACUCACCCAGCCUGGUCCACCUCACUACCUGUCAGUCUCACCUGGACCAACGUCAGUCCUCUUCUCCCUCAAAAUCCCACCCAUCAGUGGAGGAUCGCCAAUUACAGGCUAUGUCCUGCAGUGGAGGCAAAGUGAAGCCGAACAGUGGAAGGAGAUCACAGUACCAACUUCAGAUCCCCUAGCUAUCACUGCCCUCAAUCCGUACACGUUGUACAGGGUGCGAUUGGCUGCCCUGAAUGCAGUAGGACGGGGACAGUUCUCUGACUCGACCAGCGUUCGUACCCAGGGAAUACGAGGUGAACCCGACAGUCCACAUUUGUCACUGGAUGAGGUAAAUGUGGAGAGCAACUCCUUCUCUGUCCCUCUUAAACAGAUUGAUGAUGGUGGAACGCCUCUGCUGCACUUCAACAUCCGAUACAGAAAAAACACAGAAGGGGCUGAGUGGAAAGAGAUAGAGCUGUCGCCUGAUGCUGACUCUGUCUCCCUUCAAGACCUGUCUUUCGGGUCACAUUAUCAACUGGAAGUCACAGCAAUCAAUGCUAAUGGUUCCUCUACCCCUGCUACGUUCAACUUCACCACUGCGGAACAGCCUAUGAGCAAUCGCAUGACCAAAGGCAGCGUGAUUGGCAUCGUCAUGGUGAUCUUCCUGGUGGUGUUCCUGGUGGUAGACGCCACCUGCUGCUACAGAAAUCGCUGCGGCCUCCUCAUGUCCAUUGGUGUGAAACUCUUUGGGCAGAAAGUUCCGGGCAUCAAAAUGCUUGAAGAAGGAGCUGGAACCACUAAUGGAGACGUGAAGCUGAAGGGUAUAUCUACUCCUAGAGGCAGUAUGCAACAGGCGGGGGUGCAGACACUCAGCAAGGAGGGGACGCAGCUCACAGACGUCACCUGCGACAAAGCCCCCCUCACCAAACAUGAGAAAAUACAACCAGACAGACACCUGCCCAUUGCCGACGCAUGAGGCCAAAAACUGGUGAAAGAAGACACAUGAGGGUAAAACGUGAAAAUGUGCCGUGCAGACGACAACGGAAGCAAUCAUGCAAUCACAGUCAUAAACACUGACUCUGAACACUCACUGAUCUCUACACCGGCUACAACUGCCAUGGGAAAGGUCAAACUUCCUGACACACUGCAGGAAUCUGAUUGAUUUUUUUCUGACUGAAGCGUGUUAAAACUGGUCUUUUUCAAACCUCUGUGCUAUUGGAGUAAGACAACAGUAGGUCUGUGUUGAGCCUCUCCUGACAGCACUGUCCUCUCCUCAGGCUGAAAUCCUCCCAGCUUCCAGCGAACAGAGACCACAGGCAGGAGAUGGUGUCAUUUUGAAGUGUGUUUGUAUUCUGCUCUGAUUUAGAUUAGUUCAAGCUAAACUUAAAAGACUUAAUCUCCUUUACAGGGUAACCUUGAUGUCUGUGUUUUACAGGGUAAAAUUGUUGCUACUAUUUAAUUUUAAAAUAGCUAAAUAUUCUAGACAAAGCAAAUGUUUACCUGCUGCAUUUGAAUGUUGUGCACAGACACAAGGUCUUUUUUAUUUUGUAUUUACUUUUUACUUAAAACCAUAGCAUGGCUUGUGUAAAACAGUGCUUUUUUUAACAUCCAAAAAUUUGUUUGUCUUUAUUGUUAAUAACUUUUUAUAAACAUUGCAUUUGGCUGCUCUUCUGAUGGUUAUGUAAGACUAAACAUCUUAUUUUUUAUAGAUUAAAUAACACUGUAUCCUGAUAUUGACCUGUAUAAUGGCCCAUUUAUAGGGCACUUCAGCUUGAACUAAACCUAAUUAACCUUAAUGUAGUUAUUAUGGGCUGAUAUUUAUUAUUUUUAAGCCAUGCAUGAGAGCUUUGGAUUUAAAGCUAUAAUUGUAGCCAGCUUUUCUGAGCUCUUUUUUGCAAAAGAUUUUUUUUCAUGGUUGGCAACUAACACUGCCCACUUAGGGGAUCUGUAAUUCAAAGCAAGCUUUAUUAUGAGAACCUUUUUUUUUUUUUUUUUUUUUAAGUACCUGUAAUAAUACACUGAACAAAAAUACACCAAAAGAGUGAGCUAAUUUUGUAAAUUAUUUUAUAUUUAUAGUCAUAUUAUUAAUUACAGUAAUUAAAUAAGUGAAAAUACUCCAAGUCAAAUAUUUAACUCUGUUGUAGCUUUUUUUGUUUCAAUGAUACUUUGACAUAAAAGUAUACAUGAAUAUUACCUGACAAUAUCAUGAAGUGCUGAUAUUCUUGUAAUAUUGUAUUGAACACUGUACAUGGUUGUACAUACAUUUGUUGUUACAUCUUUGUGUUUGAUAAAACGUGGACUAUAAAACAGCUUUAUGUCUUUUGUGCUUACCAAAUAAAUGUUUUUUUAUUUCCAUAGGA